AUGUGCGGUCGUUACGCACUGGGCAUUCCUCAGUUCCCCCAUUGCUACGGAACCACAGUGAGCGAUUCUAACAAAACUCAAAAGCGUGCCUCAUUUGUCCGCUAUCAAUUACAACAACAAGGUCUCCCCGUCGACGAAGCCCCCGACGACGAUGAGGCACGGGAAACCUACAAUUUCCCUCCCGGCGCAUAUGGCCUGGUAUAUCGAGCCGAUGUCCCUGAUCAAGGAGUACGAGACGAAGCAGAGGUAGAGGCAGAGGCAGAGGGCGAUGCCGAAGGCGAACGUCAUGUUGACCAUAACGACAACGACACCUCCACCUCCACUAGCCUCACCACUCCCACCCCCGACAAGAAAUACAAAUAUCAAAUCAAAGUGAUGAAAUGGGGCCUCAUCCCAUUCUGGACGAAACGGUCCCCUGACUACUCUAGCAUGCUACGCACCAUCAACUGCCGCGACGACUCCCUUGCCGAACCACGCGGGAUGUGGAAUACCAUGAAACAACGCAAACGAUGUAUCGUGGUAGCACAGGGAUUCUACGAAUGGUUGAAAAAGGGCCCUAAUUCAAAAGAUAAAAUCCCGCAUUUCGUCAAACGCAAAGACGGGAAUCUUAUGUGUUUUGCUGGAUUAUGGGAUUGUGUUAGAUAUGAAGAUGACAACAACGACGAUAAUAACGACAAGAAAAAAGAAGGUUCCAAGGAGAAAUUAUAUACCUACACGAUCAUUACGACGGAUUCGAAUAAGCAACUAUCUUUCCUACACGACCGAAUGCCUGUCAUAUUGGACCCGAAUUCCGAUGAGAUGAAACUAUGGUUGAAUCCGGCCAAGAAUAAAUGGACUAAAGAAUUACAGGCCAUGCUGAAACCAUUUGAUGGUGAAUUGGAGUGUUACCCCGUCGAUAAGGAUGUGGGUAAGGUGGGGAAUAACUCGGCUUCGUUUAUUGUCCCCGUCGACAGUAAGGAGAAUAAGAAGAAUAUUGCGAAUUUCUUUGGGAAUGCGGCAAAUAAGUUACAGAAAACGACGAAGACGACGAUGACGACUGCAGACCCGGACAAGGAGACCAAGGUUAAAAAGGAAGCCGGUGAAGCGAGAGAUACGGUUGAUCACAAUGGAAGAGAAGAUAAUGCUCCGCUUCCAGUGCCAAAGAGUCAGAGUUCUGUUGGUGCCAGUGUUGGUGAUAAAAGAUCAGCCCAGGAUGAUGAUGAUGAUGAUGACCAGGAGGAUCUCAAGUCCGGACGAGACCCUCAUUCGGUUAAACAAAUCAAAUUAUCGACUUCUCCUUCUCCAGCAAAGUCAUUCUCACCUACAAAGGUCUCGACGGCGAAAAAACCACGCAGUGCCACCAGCAAUAAGGACAACACAUUGAAAACGAGCCCGUCUAAGAAACAGGAACCAGGGACACAACGGAUCACGAAUUUCUUUGGCAGGUGAUCCUGAUCCUGAUCCUGAUCCUGUCUUUUCUUGAUUCAUUCACAUCUACCAAAACUGCAUAUAUAUCCAUCUCUAUUCAGUUCUUAGUCAGACAGAGUCGGAGCAUCUCCGCAGUCGACUUCGAUCCACCUCCCUCCAGCUGCUUUUCGAAUCCUUCGGAGAUGAUUAGCCACCUCUCGAGCCCGGGUAUGGAUAUCACUCAACCGCUGUCGUUCUUGGUUAUAGCGAUAGACCAUACGUUCAUGUUCGACGUUCCAUGCUGGUUCGACGACUGUGACAGACGAUCCAGCAACAGCAGCAGCUACGGCCGUAGAAGAAAGAGAAGGAGGAGAUACUGGUUUCCACCCGGCUCGAAGCACCAACUCUUCCAAACCUCUCCAACCUCCAUUCCAUUCAGGACCAAUAUUCUCCGCCGACAACUCCGAGCCCAAUGCCAUGGGUUGAGGCGACCACAGCAAAGCCGCAUACCAAUCGCCACAACCAGUCAAAUCCAACCAUCGCAGACAAUAGAGUGAUCGACUGAGGGUACGAAGGAUUCCUGCUGCCUCGCGCCAGUCAUCAUCAUGCGCUGUGUACAUGUUGGAUCCGCCGUACACGACCGAUUGGCCAAAGGCUCGAACGGUGAUUCGUGUCGACGCCGCAUUCGGUGUGAAUGUCGGUUGUGGCCAAUAUGCCAGAGACAAUGAUGUCAGAGUGCCCAAUUCGCCGGCCACGGUGAGGAGAGAUGCCCAUGAGGCUGCUUUGACGUUGAAGGGUGAGAUGGCGAGAGAUAAAUGCUUGAGAUUGGCGAAGUUGUGUCUUGUUUUGAGAGUAGACACUGUUCCCAAUUCAUAACGGUAGCUGGUGGCAGCGGAGUCCUCGCCAUUGUCAUUAUCAUUGUCACUAUCGUCGUCAGCAUCCCAAUGAUCUGGUGUCUCAGAGGAAGUAAUCUUGGCCUGUGAUAUCUCAGGGUUAUUGUUAUUAUUACUGGAAAGGAGAUUCUUAGUAAAGAGAUCUCGUUCCAAACCUUUCAUCGAAGUCCACAGUCCAAGAGCAUUCCCCAUAUCGAGUCUAUGCACCUCGUCUCGAUCGUUAU